AUGUUCAAAAAUUCAGCACCUAUUAAUAUUUCAGGACGAGAGUCAAUUCUUUAUUUAAAUAAUUGUGAAAUAACUAAUUCACUUGAUUCAGGUGAACUUUUAAUUAGCGAAGAUAGCUCAAUAAUUUGGUCAGACGCUGAUAAUAAAUCUGAAGGAAUUUAUAUUGAUGGAAAUCACGAACCACCUGAAUCAGCAUUAAAUAGUAUGGCUAGAACUUGCUACCCAAAAGUACAUAGAACUCCUCCAAUUGCUCCUUAUACUCGACCAAAACAAACGACAGUUAUUUUAUGGUGUAUCAUAAAAGAUGGCGUUGAUUCAUUUCUUUACAAUAAUCGAAUUCAUCAUAAUAGGGAAAAUGGUGUCGAGAUUGGAUUAAAUUAUCAAGGAAAA